AGCCAGUGUUAUUUCUUUCCCAAGAGUUUGUUUAACAUUGUUGUUAUUUGUUCUUUAAAUGUUUUUAUAUUUUCUCUUGGUAUUUUGAUGAUAUUCUAGUGCCUUCUGGCUGUUAGUAUUUUCAUUAAAUGAAUUGUUGAUCUAAUUGUUACUCCAUUGAUGAUAAUCUGUUUUUCUUCCCCUCUGGCUACUUUUAAGAUUUUCUCUUUGUCUUUGGUGCUGAGCAGUUUACUAUGAUGUGCUUACGUGUAGUUUUAUUUUUAUUUAUCUGUUUGAGGUUCAUCCAUUUAAGAUCUUGAAUCUGUGUUUGAUGUCUUCAGUUUUAAAAAAUUCUUGGCUAUGUCUUCUACUCAAUUCUCUCCUCUCCUGUGACUCUAAUUAUGUAUCUAUUAGUCCUGCUUACUACCUCUUUAUCUUUUACCCUUUCAUCUUUAUUUUCUAUCCUUGUGCCUUUCUGAGUUUCAAACUAGAUUUUGCUUUUGACCUAUCAUUUAGUUCACUAAUUUUUCUUCAAGCUAUAAAGUGCUAUUAAACCUCCAUAUUGAAUUCUUAAUUUUAGUUAUUUUAUUUUUAAAAUCUAGAAUUGCUGGGUUUUGUUUUGUUUCUAGUUCUCUGAGAAACUUCAGUUUUAUCUUUUACCUCUUUGGACUCUUUAAGCAUAGUUUUUUAAAAAAAAAAAUCCCAUAUCUAAUAACACCUUUAUUUGUAGCCUUUGUGAGCUGUUUCUAUUGCCUGUUGUUUUACUUGGAAUAUACUACAUUCAUCUUGUCUUAUAUCCUCAUAUACCUAAUUAUUUUUUUAUUAAGUAUCAGACAUGAUAGGUGAAAACUUCUAGAAAUAAUCUGAGGCCUUGAAUGAUGUUAUCUUUCCUUAGGGAGAAUUUAUACUUGUCUCUGGCAGGCACCUGGGGUACUAUGAAUCUGUAUGACUGUGAUCUCAUUUUCAGAGAUUGAGAGGGCUUCUGAGAACCAGUCCACUUUUUGUGGUUUACCUUUAGUCUUAGGGUAUAACCCUUGGAGAAUGGAACUCCAAUUUCAGUCUGCCUCACUCACAAGCUGUCCAAAGUGCUGCUCAGCUUCUCAGACUCUUUCAGAAGUGGCAGAUAUCCCAACAGAAAGAGUGUCCCUAAAUCCCAGGCAGACCUCUCUGGAUUUCUCUCUUCAUCAGAAUCUUGGCCCCAUUAUUCCUCACUACCUGCUAAUUCUCCAUAACUUGAAGGAGAAUUUUUUAAGUGUUUUUCUAGCUUUAGAGUUAGUCCGAGCUAUAACAUUAUUUCAGGGGUUUUUGACUGUGGUGGUUUUAUUCAUAUGGUACUUGUUGAUUGAAUCUUGUCCCCCAAAAAGAUAUGUUGAAGUCCUAGCUCCUAGUGCUUCAAAAUGUUACCUUAUUUGGAAACAGAGUCAUUGCAAAUGUAAGUAGUUAAGGUAAGGUCAUACUGGAGGAGGGUGAGCCCUUAAUCCAAUAUGACUGCUGCCCUUAUAAGAAGAGAAGAAGAGACACAGACACACACAGGGAGAAGAUGAUAGAGGCAGAGGUUAGAGUGAUGCAUCUACAAGUCAAGGAACACCAAGGAUUGCUGGCAAACACCAGAAACCGGGAGUGACAAGGAAGAGGCAUGGCCCUCCUGACAGCUUGAUUUCACACUUCCAGCCUUCAGAAUUGAGAGACAAUAAAUUUCUGUUGUUUUAAGCUAUCCAACUUGUGGUACUUUGAUAUGGCAGCCCUAGAAAACUAAUACAGUGCUUUAUAAUGUACAGAGUACUUUCCCAUAACCGCAUUGUUUGUUCUGCACAACCCUCCUGGCAGGGAGGCAGAAGGACAGGUGAUGCUAGAUGGGAUCAGAGUUAGAGAAACUGAGGCCUAGAGAGGAGGCAUCAACAAUCUGGGUGCCAUGAGUCACUGGCAGUUUGGAUGGUACCUGGGUGUCCUGCUGCUUUCUACUCCACUGACAUGCUGCAGGUUUUCUCCAGCUUCCUCACAUCUUUCUAGUGUCGUAGGUAUAAGGAAAUUCCAAGUGACCCUGUACUGAUGCCUGUUGCUUUAUAGGUGGAAAGGACAGAGUAUUUUAUUGAAUGGGCUGUGCACAUAUUCAUCUGUUCAUUCAUUUGUUCAGCAGACACUUAACUGAGCAUUGAGGUCCUACGCCUGGGUGCGAGCACAGUACAGAGAGGGACAAACACAAGAGGGACAGAGCAAGAACUCAGUCCCCUCCCUGAGGAGCUCACAAUCCAAUGGUCGAGAGGAUACAUGUUCACAUGUACAUGUUUAUAGUAGAAUUUAGCAGGGUAUGAAUAAUCUUGCUAAUGUAAAGUGAGCUUUCCUCCUGGUUUAUAUACAAAUGAAAACUAAGAAAGCAUUUGUAUGUUCUGUUUAAUAUUUAUGGCACAUCUUUUGCUCUAAGGUGUUAACACUUUCGUUGUAAUUAUUUAGAAAAUUAUCUGCUGAUAAAUUGUCCUAAAUUAUAUCCCAAUAUAGAUGAAUAAAUUUAGAUUGUAUUAGGUUAAUGUCAUCUAGUUGGAAAUGUAGCCUUACAGCAAAUGCCAGACCAUAAUGUGCUGAUAUAGUUUUACUAUUAAACGUUUCCAUUUAGUACACAGUGUCACUCACUCAUCAAAUUUUUAUUUAGAACUUUCAGAGAGAUAUAAAGGAAGCAUCAGGCAGCUGCUGCCCUCAGCCACAAACUAUCAGCAAUGAAACGUUUGUUCUUUAAUUCCGUCAACCUUAAUUUGAGUAUCCAGGCACUGGGGAUAUGAGCAUUCAUGUGUUGAAUAGUAUAUAAAUAAGUAAAGUAUAAAAUUUAUUGUGAUUGUAUUUGACAGCAGAUAUCGGAGAAAAUUGCUGAAUGAGUCAAGGACUCCAAGGGCAUAGCAGGAUUUAGGGAGGAGAAGUAUGGGUUAGAGUUUUCACAAAGAAUUUCCAAGUUUUGUAGAAUUAUUAAUAGUUCUUAAAAUAUAAGAACAAGUAGGGGAUAAAGGAAGAUCUGAGGGGAUUCUAAGUGAGGGGAGACGGGGAGCAGAGACAAGGAGGAAACAGGAAGCAUAGAGAAGGGUGCCCCAGGAGGGGCAUAUGCCAAAUAUACCCAGUUAUAUGCAUGCUUGCUCACUGAAUAAGAUAACAAAUCUCAGGACCUGGGCCUCAGAUACAGUCUUCUCUUUGCCUCUAACCAGCCAACUCUUGAUACUGUGCAGGUCACUUCAUUUCUCUGCAACUUCAUUAAAGAACUCAAAAAUCUAUCUAGUGUCAGGAAAUUCUGCAAAAUCUAAUUUGUGAAUCCCCUUCUGUACCCACUCAGCCUGUCCCCAUUGCCUGUCUCAUCCAGCCAAUGCCUUUGCCAGCUUUGGAAGUCUCUGUGUCUGCUCCAGAAAGCUGGGGUCCUUGUGGCCUCAUGUGAAAUAUUUCCCAUGCCUUCUUGCACUUUCUGUAUUUCUUGGAGCUCUCUAGCCUGUAAAUGUGGUCUGCCUCUAGAAUUGUCAUCUGGGCUGGCAUUUCUAGAGAACUCUUUCAUUCUAUCCUUCAAUCACCUUCUAUGUUCAUAUUAAUCGGUUCUUACAGUAGUUCUCCCAUCACAUGUUCUCUUGAUUAAAUAUGAUCACAGACUUCAUCUGGGUAAAGCAAAACUGAUGUUUCCUUACAGUGACUCUAAGGGAUUGUAUUAUUUAAUUGUGGUAGAGUUUUGUUUUGUGCUUGUUUGUAUCUGAUACAGGCUUAAAUAAAGGACAGUGCCUGGAGCUUGGAAACAAUUUGAUUCCUUCACCCAACAAACAUUCAAACUGUAUGUGAUCUGGGCCCCAUGCUGAGAACACUGUUCUCUACCCCAAGACUCCCACUCUAGGAGGGGAAACAGGCCCUGCAGCAUGAGAAAACACUAAGGGACAUUGUGGAGAGUCGUGUUUGCCUUUAAUUGUAAUAGAAUUUAUGGCAAUGGGAUUAUUUAUCAUUAAAAAGAUUAUAUGUAAUAUAAUAAGUAAGUUCUGUGUAAUAGUGGUUGUUAAAUGGCUCUGAAAAUCUCUCGUUGACUGAAUGGAUUCCAUGCAGUUCUUCCUGACCCCUAGUCGCUACCAGGGCCUUUCCCCUACCCCCCCACCAAGCAGCUCUUUUUAAUUUAUGUUUUGUAUUAACUGUCCUUAUAAGAAUUACUGUUUAAAAAGGCUAUCCAUUGAUAUUUUAAAGUUUGGAAACUAUACUAUAGAAGAUGCUUCAUCAUAGACUCCUGGACUCUGUUGAGAAGCUGCAUUUUGGGAUCUUCUAAGCAGAGGAUUUUCCUUCUCAAGAAGCUGCUCUGAGAUGGGACCCCUCUCCUUGGAAUAUUUAGAACAGUUUCCAGCAUAGAGUUUACAGCUUUCCCUUCUCAGGAAAACAGUAUUGGAAUUUUGCCUCAAGUUGAUCAUUAACACAACAUGAUAGAAGGACAGGUUCUCUGAAUAUAUUUUCACCUCCAACUUUUUUUAAAAAGUGAAGUGUAAGGUAGAAACCAGAAUAGGAAAUAGGUGAAGCAGGUGUUAAGGGCCAUUUCCAGAAAGGAUUACUUAAUAAUAGCAGGUGUUUUCUAAUCCAAAACCAGGCCCUAGAGAAGGUGAGAAAUUGGUGGAAGGCUGCAGUUUCAAGAGCUGGAGAAUUGGUUAGCCGGAAAAAGCCUACAGCGGAGGAAGGAUCAGCAGAGAUGGAAUGGGAAAGGGGGGUCAGGGUUUCCCUUCCUCAGGAUAAUGGAGUCUCCAUCAGCAUCUGUUCCUGGGGCCUCUCCUGGAUUCUAGGAGUUGUGCUUGGCUGGGCCCUGGGGGAAACAGAGAAGGAAGUUGAGUUUGCAUGGGUAAGCCAAGUGAAAGCCCACAGGAUAGCUGGAGAAGGGAACUGGCUAGAAGGUCGGGAGCCCAGAGAGCUAAUUUUAAAGAAUGGGGAAUUAUGGAAGCCCUGGGGAUGUUUUCGUCUCUUAGUCUCUGAUGGGGGCUUCUAUUUGCUUCCUAUAUAUGCUAUAAAAAAGCCACCACAAACUCAGUGGCUUUUAAACAAUACAAAUUUAUUCUCUUGCAGUUCUAGAGGAUGGAAGUAAACCAGUCCCACUGGGUUAAAGUCAAGAUGUUGUCAGGGCUGGUUCCUUCUGAAGGCUCUGAAAUUGUUCAGAGGAACAAUUGCUAGAUAAAGGCAGGGAUUCGUGAUCUCCACUUGAGGCCUUUGAGGAUGUGCUCGGGUACCUUGUCUUGAGGGCAGAACCAGCCUGGACUGUUGCCAGAGAUGAGAUCCCCAGACCUUCCUUUCAGCAGAUGGAAUGUGCCCUGGUAUGCACCAGGUCUUGGUGAGACUGAGCAUUGUGGGGGCAGCCUCUCCAGAGUUGACUUGUCUGGUGCUGGAAGCAAGAAUGUGAGCUGCUGCAACUGCAUUAGGAGGAAGCAGUUCUCCUCCUUUUAAUUGGCAUCUUUGGUAGUUCUGUAGCUUUACUGCACCGUAGAUCAGCUGUGUUUCCCCAGGCCACCAUCUGCCCUGAUGGUUUAACAUCAGGGUGGGAGGCUGCAGAGGCCCUGCCAGGUGACCUAAAGACUGAGCCUGUGUGACCUGGGAAGCAGUACUCUGAGACCCCCAAUUGAGAGACAGGAGUGACCAGUAAGAUUCCUAACGGGAAGAUAGAUGUCAGGGAAACAAUUGGGCCAGGAUCUCCUACUGCUCCAUUCCAUGGGGAGAUUCUCCCUUCUCUGCUCAGAAUGUCUUUUUAUUAAAGCAGCUAGCAGGCUUCCUUACAUUAGAUGCCAGAUAAGUCUUUACUAAUAGACCACCAUUCUUUUUCCUUGCAAAUGUGGCUCUGUUGAGUUACAGAUUAAAUCAGUCCUUAUGGGCUAGCAUGGACACUUUGUCACUCCUUAUUACGUGAUAUUUGUAGGAAAUAGCAUUCCAGGUUCCAAACAAGGGAUUGGCACGGGAAGCUUGGGAACACAGUUGACUCACCAACAAGGGCUUUGCCACUCCUGGUCUGAAGCACUAAGUGUGUUUCUGUGUGAGGGCUGCCUUCAAGGCUGCAGUCCAGCAUAGGCUCACAGCCCACAGGCUUGGCAUUCAGGCCUGUGGAUGUUUGACAAGCAGGGCAGUGUUUCCACUGGGGACAGUAAGGGUGAGUUCACCAAGCUUCCUUCACUGCCCUGUGUUACUUUAUCUUGUGUAACAUGACAAGAACCCAGUCUGAGCCUUGCAGAGCUACCGAGGGGCUAUAAGCAGGAAGGGGGCCUAACCACAUCUGCAUUUCAGAAAAGAUCGUUCUAGGGGAGGAGAAACCUGUAAUCAGACUGUUGCAAAGGUUCCGUGGAGGGAGGGACAGUGGCAUGGGACAGGAUGACUGCUGAGCAUAUGGGGAGAAGAGCCUGGGCCUGGCAGCUGGCUGGCUGUAGGAGACGCAGGAGGAAAAGCUGAGGGUGGUAUCCACAUUUCUGGUGUUCUUGGGGUGACAUUGAAGUAGUCAGCUGGAGAGAGGAGCCUUGAGCUCUUCUUUUGGGAAACCCUGAAAAUGCUGUAAAGACUUCCAGAGAACUGCCAUCCCAACUGAUAGUUCAAACGUGUUCUUAAAAUAUCUGAUCUUGGCAGAGUGGGACUCUGUGUAGGAAGAAUCACAUGGUACUUCUUAUUCCAUGUUCAGUCCCCAGCGUGUGGUGUCUAUUUUGAAAUAUGUGGUUUAUGCAAUUUUAUUGAGAGGUUUCUUAGGGUCAUUUGUUAAUAUUUUUCCAUUUAUAAAGGUAUUAUAUAGUCUAUAAAAUUCCAGGUUAAGGAACAAAUAACUUUCGAGCAUUUCUUAAACAUUUCUUAUAAAGCCAUAUACUGUUGUGGGAAUUCAAAUUGUACAGUUAAAAACUAUAGGCUGUCGACAAUGACAUUUUAAUGUGCAUAUUUCCAUCUGAAUGAUUAACUGUCAGUUGAUACAAACAAGCCUUCUAAGUAUUCCUUGCUUUUCUCUGUUUUUUUUUUAAAUCAGACAACACACUUAUAAACCGAUACAAAAUUCACACAGUAUUAAAUCACUCAUUUAGGCUAUCAGAGCCAUGAUAGCAGGAAGGGAACAACACAAACAUACAAUUGGAUGACAUCUUCACCAUUAAUCCCAGAACAUCUGUGAGUAUGCAUGAGAGCUGAUGUCUGUUUGGAGCAGAAUGUUGCAAGCAUAAAUUCUUCUAUUUUACUUCUCAUUAAAACAAAACGAAACAGAGAAGAGUUUCUAUGUUUGAAAACUGGGAGUAAGGACAACAGGCGUCUCGCCAUAUGGCAUUCAACCCAGUCCAAGCUUCCCAGUGCAACGUCAGCUUAAAGAAGCAGAGGAGCCGCAGCAUCCUUAGCUCCUUCUUCUGCUGCUUCCGUGAUUACAAUGUGGAGGCCCCUCCACCCAACAGCCCCAGUGUGCUUCCGCCACUGGUGGAGGAGAAUGGUGGACUUCAGAAGGGUGACCAGAGGCAGGUCAUUCCCAUACCAAGUCCACCGGCUAAGUACCUUCUUCCAGAGGUGACGGUGCUUGACUAUGGAAAGAAAUGUGUGGUCAUUGAUUUAGAUGAAACAUUGGUGCACAGUUCGUUUAAGCCUAUUAGUAAUGCUGAUUUUAUUGUUCCGGUUGAAAUCGAUGGAACUAUACAUCAGGUGUAUGUGCUGAAGCGGCCACAUGUGGAUGAGUUCCUCCAGAGGAUGGGGCAGCUUUUUGAAUGUGUGCUCUUUACUGCCAGCUUGGCCAAGUAUGCAGACCCUGUGGCUGACCUCCUAGACCGCUGGGGUGUGUUCCGGGCCCGGCUCUUCAGAGAAUCAUGUGUUUUUCAUCGUGGGAACUAUGUGAAGGACCUGAGUCGCCUUGGGCGGGAGCUGAGCAAAGUGAUCAUUGUCGACAAUUCCCCUGCCUCAUACAUCUUCCAUCCUGAGAAUGCAGUGCCUGUGCAGUCCUGGUUCGAUGACAUGACGGACACAGAGCUGCUGGACCUCAUCCCCUUCUUUGAGGGCCUGAGCCGGGAGGACGACGUGUACAGCAUGCUGCAUAGACUCUGCAAUAGGUAGCCCCGGCCUCUGCCUGCCUCCCGCCUGUGCACUCUGGAACCUCUGGCCUCAGGGGACCUGCCUGUCCUCAGCUCCCUGGAAGCUGAAAGUGAGGAUACUCCGUGCUCCACGCCACAGGGUGAAUGUGGCCAUGCCUACCUGUUUUGUUUUUUUAAGAACAGAAACAACUAUUUUAAAAGAACUCUUUUAACAAAUUUCAUAAAGGGACAUGCAUUUUACUGGAUUUGCUUUUCUUAAAACAUACCAAAAAGAAAAAAAUAGAAAAAAAAAAAAAAGCUUGAUCUCUAUCAGACUUCCUUUCAACUGUCCUCCCUUCCAGGCAGACCACCUGUCCCCUUCUGUCCCAGCUCGGAGCAGCUGACCCAACUCAGAAUCUCUUUCCUACAGGAUGAAGUGCCUUUUGAAUGUUAUUUUAAGCUGAGAGUUAAUUUUUCUACACAACAUAUUUCCAGACAUCGUUUAGUCUUUUAUUGUCUUAGAUACUAUAAGAAGAUGAACAUGACAAUUUUCUAGAACCUGGUAGUGUGUGUGUGUGUGUGUGUGUGUGGCGGGGAGUGCUGAGGGAGGGGAGUGAGUCACAGGAGCCUGUCCCCCAACAGGUGUGACUUUGCUCUGACAACCUGUGGCAUGCUGCAGGGUCAGGCUCCUGAUAGGAGGAUUUCAUGACUAUGUCAUUGUCUCCACUCAUUUUUGACCCAGUUUGGAAUGUAUCUGCAAUUGUGUAGCUCAACACUUUAGGAAACAAUAGAUUAUUUUAUAUUAUUAUUUCUGAUGGUGACAACUUUGUCUUCAGGUCACAUUUUCCCCUUGAAAAGUGACAUCCUGUCCGUUCUGCUCUUACACUACUGCCAUACAUUUGUGUUUUUUGUUGUUAUUGUUUGGGGUAGAGCAGUGACAAGAAACCCUAAAACUUUUGGAUAUAAAAGAAAUCUGUUUAUUGAUUUUUAAAUCUUUCCUUUCCAAAAGCUGGAUACAUAUGGAGCUGUUUGGGAAUUUUCCUUGCUGCUACCGCGCUGCCACCAAAUGGAAUUGACCAGCGGCUGUUACACUGUUCUUUGCCACUGUGCCUAUGCUCAGAAUAUGCUCACUGCUAAGCUACAAACUCGGACAGGGUCAAAAACAGAGGUGUCCCACCCCAUUGCAGCCUCCACCACCUGUAACCCUUUCCUGGCAUUGGCCACUGAAGGGUACAAAGGCAAAAGGGCCAAAGCACCACUUAGGUGUGGCAUGGAUUUUAAACUGCAGUCAGUAACAGAUCCUGUUUGAUAAAUAAGCUGACUGUUCUCUCUUGAGAACCCGUGGCCUCAACCAGCCACCAAGCUGAUGUGGCCCAAGUCCAUCUCUUGGUCUUCUCCUUUGAAGCACAGCCUAUUUCUGAGCCAAGGGUUGGGGAAGCCUGUCUAGAUGUGGGACUCAACGCCCCAAACCGGGGAGAGGAAAGCCUCCCUCCCCGCAGGGAGAGCCCAGGCUCUCUCUAACCUUUCCCAGUUUGGUGUUUAAGCAGUGCCAUGUUCCUUGUUUGACAACAAGACGGUCUGUAAAGUAUUGCUCUUAAAAACAAUUAAAAAGGACCCUUUCAUGUUGGCACCGUUGCCUUAGUCCUCUGUGGGUUGGUCUUCAGCCAGCGUUCUGGCGGGAGUGACUGGCAUUAACAAGACUGGAAAUCGGGGGUCAAAGUAAAAUAUCUUUGCUUUGUUUUCAUUCACAAAGUAAUGAAGCCAGCUGCCAAUUACGUCCUCCCAACAGCACUUUGGUCUGUGGACUACUGUGUGAAUAUUCAGAAAGGAAGUAAGUAUUCGGGGAUAAACAGGUCUCCCAAACCCAGUAAUCCACUCGCCAAUUCAAAUAGAACAGCCCCUUGCUAGGUAUUACCACAGAUAAUGACAGUUACAUGGUAGAACUGCCCAUGCCACAAACCUUUAUUAUUUGGAAAAAUAGUCAUUAAAUGAACCCACUGCCUUAAAUGUCUUGAAUGUUGCAGUCAAGUGUCUGUCAUGUGUUGAUAUCCACACAGAAUUAGGCCCUAAUGAGAGCCUUAGACCCUCAACCAUGCCCCCUUCAUUGGCAUCACAGGGCCUUAUUUGGAAGAGGGGGCAAAGAGGAUGGAAAUCGUAAAAUAUUUCAGGGGAAUCGAACCUAGGAAUAGUGCUCCACUUCUGACGAUGGAGUGAAGACACUUGGCAGGCUUGAGCCAGACACUUCACCUAGUAGUUCCUGAAACUGUGAGCACCGUUGCACUAAGCCAGUGCAGAGCUGUUAGGGACGGGGCCCAGCUCCUGCCACCACAGACACAGAAUGUCUUGGGAGGGCCAGCAGGCCCUCUGAGGGUUCUGGAAUCUGUGCACCUUAUUUGAUCACACUCCAAAAUUCCGUUUUUAUUUUAACCCUUGAACCUGCUUUAUGUAUAUAAUCAAAAUAUCUAUAUCUAUAUCUAUAUAUAUUUUUAAUCAUCUACAUGUAAAUGAAGCAAUAGAAUUCUAACAUAAGGCCAAGAAAUGAGAUGAAUGUUUGGGGUUUAUGUUUUUUAAGGUAAAUACGGGUAUUGUUUUUAAUUAUUACCAUUUAUUAAAUUGUGGGCUUUGAAACCUAAUGAAACCUGUUAGCCACUUCUCUGUGCCAUAUACUUCCCAUGUUACCAAAAUACCCCCAACUCUUUAGUCAAAAGAGAACCCUGACCUCCUGAGUUUCCAUGGUCCUUUCUGUACCAGGUUUAAAUAUAGUCUUCUGGAGAAGUAUUUUUGACAUUAAGCUCUGGGACAGGACACCUUGGGUUUGUGGACUCCAGCCCACUAUGAUGUUAUGACUUCUCUGGCCAGGCCUCUGGUGGAAGUGCACGGGCACUCCCAAUGUUGUUAAUGCUCUGUCUUCCAUUUGUUCUGGAAUCCUGUGUGUUGGUCUGUUGUUCCAUGCAUUAGCUGUUUGUAAGUAAUGCAUUUGCAUACUGAAAAAGGAAUGCCACCUGCCACAGUUGAUGGUGAGGAAGGUCCUUUGACAUGGUGCAAUUUUGAUGAGAUGUCUCUGGGGACACGAGGAUGCCCUAAUGAUGCUGACUUGUCAUGGUUGCAGCAUUUGAACUUUUGGUGUUUAAAAAAAAAAAAUUCGUUAAGUCUAUAACCUGGCAACAUUUUACAACCCUGUAUUUUUAAAGAUGGCUUUCUAAUAAAAAAUCCAGAACCACACAGCCCUAUGGUCAAACACUCCUACGUUUGUGCCUCUGCUCUUAAAGGUGCUGUGCUGGACAGUUGGCAUGCCAGGGUUUGAGAAGAGUGGAUGGCUUGACGUACUUGCAGUUAACUGUUCAUAAUUGACUGGCUGCCUCUGUUCCUACCGUACUGUAAAUUUGAUCAUGUCUGUUCCUGUUCCAUUCUCCCAGGAGCUUCUCUGCAGACUGACACACCCUCCCCCACCCCAGGUAGUGGAGAUGCUGGUGUCUGGGUAGUCAUGGAUUUCUGUUGGACAUUUGAAUGUGAUAAACAAUCCAGCAUUACUUGGGAAAUGCUACAUGUGGAAUGUGCAUGUUUCCAGGGGCGAGUAUUGUCAAUCAAAAGGUUUGCAAUGAUUUCCUUCCUGCCAAAAAUAAACAUGUGAAACUGC